AUGGCUGCCGCAAUCGAGGAAAAGCGCCGAGCAACAUCUGCUGCAGUUGCGGCAGUACAGGCUGGUGGAGGGAAGCGGCGCAUAACCGACUACUUGGAGGGAGAUGCCGCUGCGGCUAAGCGGGAUGCUCACGAGGGCCUUGCGCUGAUGUUUGCGGCCUGCAGAAUCCCGGAGGUCACCAUGGACCACCCGCUGUUCAUCAACGCCAUGCUGCUCGUCAACCGCGCCGGCAACGGCUACGUCACCCCCAGGAGGACUUUCAUUGGCGGGGCUGGACUGGUCGCUGUCCGCAAAGGGAUUGAGCAGGGGCUGGUGGGGAUUAAAUCGAGCUGGAAGAAGACGGGGGUAACAAUUGCGUCCGACAUGAUGACGGACAAAUGUGGGAGGGCGCAAGCGAACGUGCUUCUGAUCAACGACUCCGGCGCCGUCUUCAGGGAGGCGAUCGACUGCGGUAUGGAGCGAAAGACGGGGGGAUACAUAGCGGGGAUUCUGCAGCCGGUGGUGGAGGAGGUAGGACCAGAAAAUGUCGUCGCGUUUUGUAUGGAUGGGGGGUCGAACUAUGCCGUGGCUGUCCAGGAGCUGAUUGCCAAGUGGCCCCACAUUCAGCAGGUCCCUUGUGCCACGCAUGUGAUGGAUCUCCUCCUGGAGGACGUGGGAAAGAUGGGGUGGGCAAAAGGGGUGGUGGAUCGGACUGGGGAGAUGAGUUCGUUCGUUCGCAACCAUCAUUGGACGCGCGCUUACCUGAGGACCAAGGAGUUGGUGGAGGGGAAGGUGCUGCAGCCGCUGAAGCCAGCGGGAACACGGUUCGGGACACAUUACAUUGCUGUGUCCCGCCUUUGUCAGUUGCGUAGCACCCUCAACGCGAUGGUGCUUUCCGACAGGUGGAAGGAGUGGGCCUCGGGGUCGCGGAAGGAAACUGCCGAGGCCUUUGCUGCACGGGUCCUCGAUGACGCAUGGUGGCGGACGGCAGAAUUCUUCUGCAAGCUGAUGCAACUGCCCUACAAGGCGAUGCGGCAGACUGACGCAGAUGCCAAUGGGAUGAUGGGCCGGCUCUACGAUGUAAUGCUGCAGCUUACCGAGGAUGUCAACAACAUCCUGGACGAGGAUGAGCAGCAGCUGAGUAGCGCGGACAAGGAAAAGAUCCGCAGCAUCAUCAAGGACCGCUGGGAUAACAACCUCGCCUGCGCCAUGCACGUUGCUGGCCGAAUCCUCAACCCCGCCAACCAGGAGGAGGAUAUCUUUGGCAGCGACGCCGAAUGCACCCGGGUUUUCAAGGCGUUAAUCAACCAGCACGUGGAGUUCCUCAUCGGCCACGACGGGAAGGGGAGGGAUGAGGGUCCAGAUUACUUGCUUGCCUUGGGUGACGGGCUGAGGGCUUUCUUGGACAUGAAAGGCAGUUUUGGGAUGCCGGAGGCGCUUGCACAGAGGGAGAAGGUGAAGGCGGGGAUUGGGGACGAGCCUCCUAUUCCCGAGGGGUACAACGGGUUGGAUGAGACGGAGGUGGAGGAGGAGGAAGGCGAGGAUGACGUCCUGGAGGACGAGUACGCUUAG